AAUUUGUGUAUUUAUUACAGUUUGAUUCUAGAACUCCACGAAAUGAACAGCCAACAACGCGAGAGAGAGCAUUUAUAGAUAACCCUGCUCCAGAAACGGUCGGUGUUAAACCCACGGUGCAGGACAGGGCGCUGACGUUCCGCGGACGAUCCCAAAGCAUUCCAUCCACCGACGAUGUGCGACGAUCGCAGGAUGCAACGCCCGAGACGCGCACAGCGCCAUCUGGGCGUUCAUGUCAGUUCCUCACUCGCCAACAGAUGGAGGCACUGCUGACGCGGCCGGGCGUGCUCGCGUUCGCUGCUGCGACGGGAGCCGAAGCAAACGAGUUCCCGGAUGCUUACGGAAGCCACGAGGCAGCAGAGGGCGUGCCGUUCGGCGUCGUAUCGAAUCUGCUGCUGCAGCGUUUCCUGCAGAAGCAGGUCUGCGCGAACAGCUUCCUGGCUUCGAGCGUGCUCCGCUCAAAGACGAGCGGAGAGUCGAUAACUGAUCCGAUGUCAUUUGAAAAAGGCGUGAGCUACCCGCGCAGCUGCGCACGCCGGGGCGAGCAGGCGAGCGGCAGGAGGACGGUGAACAUGUGCAGCACGUGCGCCGCGACGACCGUGCUCGCAGACGACUUCUUCCCGCAGUUCUUGAACGAGAACGUCUGUGCCGGCGACGGAGGCUGCCUGAACAUCGACGGACAGUAUCACGGCGGCUGCAGUCAGCAGACGAUGACGAUCCCAGUUCUGCGUAACGUCGGCAGCUCGGAGUGCCCUCUGUGGGAGCGCGAGCCGUAUGAACUGCGCACGGCGUGCAGCUGUCAGCUAUUCAAAGACUCGACGCUGAAUUCCUACGUCAAUCACUAACUCCUCCGCGCUUCUGGCUACGUCACCGUUUUCUGUGCACAUUGUAAGAAAACCUCCCCCGUGGAAAAGAUUUACGAUUGGUCGUCCGCUGUCGGACAGUCAUGGAAAGUAGAUGAAUGAGAAUAAUAAAGGAUUUUUGAUUAUUUUUUUUAUA